AAACACCUUCCAAUCUCAACCAUCUCUGGUCUCACCCACUCAACCAACCCCAACUCGACCAACCAUCCAAACCCCAAAUAAAACCUGGUCUUUUUUGUAUGUUUUUGCUAAAACAAAUCCAUUCCCAAUCACACAAACCAAAAACCAGAACACCAAAUAGGAGAAGACAAACACACACACACACACAUAACACAGAGACUAUAAACCCAACCUCUUCUUCCUUCUUCUUCUUCCUAAUCUCCAAUUUCUCCGUUUUCUCCAAACAUGGCUUCCUCCUUAUCCCUCCUCUCACCUCCUUCCCUCUCCUCCAACCUCCACAAUGUCUCCUCCACUGCUCGCCUUAUCAUGCGCACCACUAUGCCCCUUAACCUGCGUACCCACUCUCGCCGACCCAUGUCCAUCACCGCUCACUCUGCCCCUGCUCUCACUCAAGACGACCUCAAAAAACUCGCCGCCGAUAAAGCCGUUGACUACGUCAAGAGCGGUAUGGUACUCGGCCUCGGCACCGGUUCCACCGCCGCCUUCGUUGUCGCUAAGCUCGGCGAGUUGCUCAGCUCCGGCCAAUUGACAGACAUUGUUGGAGUACCAACUUCAAAACGAACAGAGGAACAAGCCCGCCAACUGGGUAUCCCUCUAUCGGUCCUCGACGAUCAUCCCCAUCUGGAUUUGGCCAUUGACGGCGCAGACGAGGUGGACCCAGAUCUCAACUUGGUCAAAGGGCGUGGUGGGGCGCUUCUCAGAGAGAAAAUGGUGGAAGCGGCUUCGGAUAAGUUCGUAGUUGUGGUGGACGAUACCAAAUUGGUUUCGGGUCUCGGUGGUAGUGGGUUGGCAAUGCCGGUGGAGGUUGUUCAGUUCUGCUGGAAGUAUAAUUUGGUGAGGCUUCAGGAGCUGUUUAAGGAAGAAGGAGUUGAAGCCAAAUUGAGAUUGAAUGGUGGUAAGCCUUAUGUGACUGAUAAUUCCAACUAUAUUGUGGACUUGUACUUCAAGACCCCAAUCAAAGAUGGAUUGGGAGCAGGGAAGGAGAUUUCGGCUUUGGAAGGAGUUGUGGAACAUGGGUUGUUCUUGGACAUGGCUACUUCUGUUAUAAUUGCUGGAAAAAAUGGAGUCGACGUUCAGAACAAGUGAUUGCUUUUUUCCACAUAUGAAAAAUGGUGGUGAGAAAUUUCCCCUGUGCUCUUUGUUCUUUUUCCAUAUCUAUGAGGGAUUUAUGUGCUUCUUCUUGUUCAAUACUUUAUUGGUAGUUUCGAAUCGUAUUUUUUGGUGUAACUUCUAGAUGGGUGAUAUGGGGUACUUGUUACAAGUUUUAUAUUUUGGUACUCUGCUACUCUAUAGUUGAUUGGUGGCCAAUUGAGCAUAGGAAUAAUACUAAAGGUGUAUGUGGAAUUGUGAAAUAAUUGAAAAUUAAACUAGUUUCUUGCUUA